UAUUGACGUGUUAGCAUCAUAUUGACGUGUUAGCAUCUUGUUGACGUGUUAGCAUCAUGUAAAGUUGGAGGUUAUUGAUCCUGAAGUCAACUGCAGUAAAAACUACGAUAAAGUUUCUUUGUUUUUUUGUUGAUUUUUAAACAGAGCAUAAAAUAAAUAAAUGAAACCACAUUCAUCAAAUCAUCAGGACUGAACUCAGAGCAGUGGAGUUCCUCUGUAGACGUGAACAGUUUCACCUGAGGAGAGUUCAUUGGUCAGUCAGAUUUUGUGAUAAUAAUGAGAUUAUUCAGUGAAAUAUCAGUUGUUGUUUUUUUUCCUCUCCUGGAGGAUUAGCCGUAGUCCGUGUUUGUGGAGGGAUUUUGACCCAGUCUGUUGUUUUUAAACGGUCGAGUCAUUUGGUGUUUUUUAGUUAUUUUUUUAAAUCUAGUAACUAAUCUAUUCUAGUUCUACCGCGUAAUGGUGACGUCGCUAAUGGUUUAACGCUCUGUUUACGUAAAAUAAAAUAGUUUUCAAAUAUUUUCCUUUUUUAAGUUUUCUGUUAACCGAUUUCGUCCAGUAGGAGGCGCUGAAGCGUCUAUUUAUUGACUCUAACACAUCAGCCGAAGGAGGAGGCUAACAGCGGCUAACGGCUGCUAGCAGCCGCUGAGAAGAUGGAGGGUCGUAACGAGGAGUCUCCAGCGGAGCACGAAGUCAGAGCGCAGCGAUCGGAGCUGAAGAUCUGCCGACAGGGGGGGCUGCUCGAUGCCCAGCUGGAUCCCCGAGGCCGGCGUCACUCAGCAGGAGACCAGGAGCUGAUGAAGAUUAAAGAGGAGCAGGCGUGGGCUCCCAGUGGAGUCCAGGAGAAACCACAGCGCCCCCACAUCAAAGAGGAGGUGGAGGAAGUUUCCAUCAAACAAGAGGAAGGACAGAUCAUCGCUGUGACUGUGAAGAGUGAAGAAGACGAAGACGACGAGGAGGAGGAGGAGGAGAAACCAGAGCGCUCGUGGCUUCUUUAUCAACAUCAGAUCGAGGAGAACGCGGACGACGGACACGUCAGUGAAGAGGAGGCUGGAUGUUCUUCAGAGACCGACCGUAGUACCGACGACUGUGGGAAAACCCACGGACGGCCGGGGAAAAAAACAGCGAAAAAUAAACUGUUCCGAGGUGAAGAAAAACCAUUUGGUUGCUCCUACUGUGGAAAAUUCUUUAACCAAAAGAGCACACUCAAAAAGCAUGUGAGAAUUCACACAGGAGAGAAACCAUUCAGUUGUGCUGAGUGUGGUAAAAGCUUUGUCCAGAUGAGCACUCUCAAGGCCCAUGAGAAAAUCCACAGUGGAGAGAGACCCUACAGUUGCUCAGAGUGCGGCAAAACCUUUCGACAUGAGUGCAAUCUAAGGUCACACGAGAAAAUUCACACGGGGGAGAAACCAUUUAGCUGCUCCGAGUGCGGUAAAAGGUUUUCCCGUGAGUACCAUCUGAAGUCACAUGAGAAAACACACACUGGGGAAAAACCAUACAGUUGUCUGGUUUGUAGAAAAAGUUUUGCCGAGAAGAGCAACCUGAGGUCGCAUGAAAAGAUUCAUUCUGAAGAGAAACCAUUCAGUUGCCCCUUCUGUGGUAAAGGGUUUACCCAUGAGCGCUAUAUGAGGAUUCAUGAAAAGAUUCACUCUGGAGAGAAACCGUUCAGUUGCUCUGAUUGUGGCAAAGGCUUCACUCAUGAUCGUUAUCUGAGGAAACACGAGAAAAUCCAUUCGGGUGAAAAACCGUUCAGCUGCGGGACGUGUGGCAGAAGUUUUACUGAGAAGAGCAAUCUGAGGGCUCACGAGAAAAUUCACACAGGAGAGAAACCAUUCAGUUGCUCAAUGUGUGGAAAAAGGUUCCUGGAAAAGAGCACCCUGAGGAAACACGAGAGAAUUCACAGCAAAGUGAAAAAACCUGGAGCCAAGAGACGGGAACAGAGACUGGACCAGGGACCGGACCAUGAAACUGAUCAGGGGCCGGACGGGUGA